AUAGAACAUAUAAAAAGCAAGAUCCUCAGGUCACAGAUACAGUUUGACCAGCUCACUCAGACCUCUGCUUGAGUCAGCUACACGUUUUCAAAACAUGAAGUCAAAUCUAUUUCUUUUAUUUUUUUUUGUAUGUGUCAGCGUGGAUUGUUCAUCUACAGACACAGUGAGUGAGCAAGAGAGCAAAAUCUUUUUGCAACCUGGACAGAGUAUAGCGCUGAUCUGUUCUCAAGGCAUCAUUACUGUUAAAGAUGGACAGAAUUUAAAGAAAGUUUUCUGUCAGACCAAUGGGGAUGAAGUGAGCGGACAAAGCCAGUGUGGGCCACCACCAACAGUUGACUCAGCAGACGUGAUAAGCAUUGUGAAAGACCAAUAUGAGGAGGGGAACAGAGUGGAAUAUCGAUGCCAGGCAAAAUAUACAAUUUCUCUAAAUCGCCACAUGACCUGUCAUCGUGGUCAAUGGACAGGAGAAGUCAAAUGCCUCAAACCCUGUACAGUCACAACUGCAGAACUGGAUAAGAACAAUAUAGAGUUCAAAUAUGGAGAGGAGAAAAAAUUGUAUGUGUCACAUUUGGAUCACAUCACCUUUCAAUGCAAGGGGUGGGAACAUCAGCGUCAUCCACAAAGUCCUGGUUUUAGACAGCAGUGCUUCGAUGGUCUCAUGACUUUGCCUCGCUGUGUCUAAUUCUUGCCACUCUUAAGGCAAAUAAAUGCUGAGUGUUGAGUAAAGAAAAUCUGAACUAUAAAACUGCUUAAUUUGUGUCCUAAUUCUGAAAAAACUAAAGACCAUCUGAUGAUGUUUUAGAUCAGUUCCUGAUGAGAAUUUAGAUCAAGUUUUUUCUCGAUUCCUGUUCAUUAUUAUGUGUCAUAUAACUACAUCACACUCUUAACAAGAGAUUUUUAUAUGCAAAUAAUAGAUGUCAAUCAGUCCACAUAAAGCUAUGCCACUUGUCCUCUGAUUAACACUGAGUUAAUUUUACAGUUACUAUUCACAUACAUCAAAUGAGUAUAAAUGUUGUUUUGCUAUGUUCGUUGCUCUCCUGUGUAUUACUCAUGAUUGUCACCUUAAAAUCUGACUGUUACUCAAACAAAUAUGAUGCUCUUCUGCUACAUAUUUGAAUAAAAUUCUUUUUUGAAGCAUGUUA